AUGCAGGCAAGGUAUUUUGGUCCACGACUUCCCACAAUCAACACUACCGCAACCAUGUCAACCAUCCAUGAAGUUUUGACAUGCACUCUUAAGAUCAAGGAUGUGCUUCAACUGAAGAGCAACCAAGAUUGUGUGGAAACACCCUGAUAUUUUUAAAGACAUUGUACUCAGAAUGGGAGCGUUUAACACAAUUUGCACUCUUAUCUAUCCUGGGAAAGCACUUCCAAGAUGCUAGCCCUAAGAACAUUUGUAUUGAGUCCGGAGGGAUCAAUUUCUGGGGUUCUUAAUAGACACAGGUACAAAUGUGCCAUUCAAUUCCAUAUACUAAUGUAUUAAGCCCUUCAGAGACUUGCUUGGGAAGGAUUUUAGGCAUGGAUUGAAAAAAUACCCUGACAAGAAGAUAUUUGUCCAAGAUUUUUUCAAUGGUCUAAUGCCACUGUACAAUGAUAUAUGUCAGAGGGAAUUCAAUACAGUCAUGUCAAGUCAAUGGUUCUCAGAGUUCACUGUGAUUUAUGACAAGUACCUGGACUACCUUCGUGGCAGUGAUGGGAAGCUGUCUAGCUUCUGGAUGUCUUAUAUUGGUAUGGUAGAGAUUCUUCUGAAUUUGCUGAGAGCAUCCAGAGAGGUAGACUGGGAGCUACAUCUAUUAGCCAUUAGAAAAACCACUCGUUGGCGUUUUGCUUGUGACAAUCUUAACUAUGCUCAUUACUUGUUGGCAUAUGUCUCUGAGAUGUCUCACCUGGAGGAAGGAGACCCAGAAGCUUUCAAAUAUCUAAAAUCUGGAGGGUGUUCAGUCCAGAUAGGGGAGAACAACCCCUUCAGAAAAGUUCCUGUUGACCAAACAUGCAAAGAAACUGUAAAUAAAGACACAAAGAGAGCAGGGGGCACCAAAGGAUUCAGCCUUAAAGCAGGAGCAAGUACUAUCUGGUUGUUGAAUAUCGCAGUAUCUUGCUGAAGCUGAUGGAGGACAUGUUAGACUUGAACAAAUCGAUUUGCCAGCACGCAGAUCUCCAGAAAACCAUAAUUGUAAGAGAUGAGACAGAUGUUAAGUCCCUGGUAGCAAUACUCCAAAGCCACUGGCUUGACCCAUUCACCAGUGUGCAGCAAGAUCUGGUUUGUCUCUCCCCUGGAAAAGUGGCCCCUCCAAAGAUACAACAAGAUUUGCUUACUGCUAAAGCUGUUGGAGAGAAGGCAUACCAAACCUUUCAUAUAAAGCGACUAAAGUCACAGCCAUCUCAAAUCAAGUUCCACGACACAAUCACCAAAGCAAAGCUGCAAACAUUUACCAAGCUGAACAAAAAGGUGCAUGUCCAGAACAAAAUGUCCAAAGAGAUUAUCUGAAAGCUGAUAGAAAUCUAUUUGCCCAGAUGAUAUUAAUAGCUGAAAACAGAAAACUUCAAAUGAGGGAAGUUCCAAGUCAUCCACUAGGGCCCCUUCCCUGGGCGUGAUCCACUGCUGAUGAAGAAAAACAAACAAGGCAGCUUUAUCAAAAGAAAUGCAAAAAUGUGUUCCAGCUGCAGACAUGGUCCUGCAACCAUCAGCAUGUGUAAUAGAUGCUAUGACCCUCAUACAGAGACUCAAAGGAGACCACAAGACGUUUGUCAAGGUGGCUGAUUCUCUACUAGGCUUGGCGCUGCGCGAAGGGUCUAACUCUGGGUGAACAGAUGUUGUACUUGAUGUAUACAAAGAAAUCUCCAUCAAAAAUGCAGAAAGAGAUAAGAGGGAAGCAGAAUUUGGCAAUGAAUUUAGAAACAUUCAAUCCGAACACAAAUUGCAGAAGUGGAGAAAGUUCCUUUUGAAUCCAACAAAUACAAAGGCCUUCACAGAAUUUGUGGUAAAGGAGUGGAGACAGGAUAGAUCUGAGACAAAGUUGACAGGCAAGGUACUUUUCGUGACAUGUGAAAGUGACUGUUAUGAGAGUACCUCAGAAGCUUCCAAUACAGUUGAAGAACUCAACUCCACACGGGAAGAAGCUGACAUUAGGCUUAUUCUACAUGCAGCCCAUGCAGCUAGAUCAGGCCACAAGGCAGUGGUUGUGGCAUCAGAAGAUACAGACAUAUUCUUACUUUGCCUGGCAUUUAAGUGCUUUAUUCUGGCAUCCAUGCAUGUCAAGUGUGGAGCGCAGACAAGAAUUAGAUAUGUCAGUAUCUCCAGUGUGGUGGGAGCUGUAGGAGGUGAACUUUGCAAAUGCCUUAUUGGCAUGCAUGCUUUCACUGGUUGUGACACUGUGAGUGCAUUCACUGGAAGGGGAAAGAUAACAGCCCUACGACUUGACAAGCAGCAGAAAUCCUACAAAGAAAUGUUUAAGCAGUUAGGGAUGGAAUGGGUGCUUUCGAAUGAGCUAUUUCAGAGCCUUCAAGAGUUUACAUGCUUUCAGCCAGGAACUGAUUACAUCAAUGAGCUGAGGUACAGGUUAUUCUGCGUCAAGAAGGGUAACAUCGAUUCCACCCAGUUACCACCAUGUGCUGACUACUUGCUUAAGCAUGCUUCUCGAGCAAACUUCCAAGCAGCCAUUUGGAAGUGAGGUCUGCAAUGCUACCCUCUGACACCCGCCCUCUGACUGGCAGGAAGACAGCAAUAACUUUGCCAUUGACUGGAUGA